UCAAAUCCUUAAUUACAUUCUUCUUCCUCAGUAGAAUCUCUGCAUCUACCUAGCUCGAUCGAUUGAUCAUGUGCCAAGAGGAGAAGUCGGCGGGGCCCAGUUGGCCGCACCCCGCCAGCCUCAUCGGCCGUAUCGCCGGCAUGGCGCUGGCGGUGGCGGCCGCGACGGUCAUGGCCGCGGCGAGCGAGUGCACCGUCUACGCUGCCUACGGCGCGCGCCCCCGCACCGUCACGUUCAGAGACUUCCCGGCUUUCGUGUACCUGGUGGUGGCGACCGCCAUCGCCGCGACCCUGGAGAUGAUCGCCAUCUUCCUGAGCGCGUGGAAGAAGGGCAAGGACAAGACGGCAAGGAAGCUCCUGCCUGUCCUCGCCGUGGCCGUACCGGCGCUCCUCUAUUCGUCAGCCGGCGCGGCGAUCGCCGUCGGCUGGGACAUAUCCUACUGCGCGGCCAACGGCCGGCGCCUAAGCGUCUGCGGCAGAAACGAUAGUGGCGGUUUCUGCGCACGGGUGCACGCGUCCAUGUGGCUCUCGCUCGGCGCGGCCGUCGUGGUGUCCGCCGCCGAGUGGGCGACAUUGCAAGGGAACCACGGCGGGUCGGACUCGGACUCCGACUCGGACUCCGUUUGUUGCCAUUGCAAGCAUUAGUAGGUGUCCUUUUUAUUACCUUUUAUUUUUAUCAAUCAAGAGCUAUAAUUAUUUUUAUUAGUGUGAUUAAGUAAUUUUUUUGUGCGAAAGUGUGAUUAGGUAAUUUGAUUUGCCAUUUCUUGAUUAAUAGCCACUUGGUGGCCCAUUUGUAUGUACACAUUUUCAUCGUGAACUUGUUGCAACAUUGUUAAGUUGUCUACGGUGGGUUCCUUUUGAAUUUUUAUGAACUUGUUUUAGCGUAAGA